CGGCUCGUGGAGUAAGCAGUCAAGAGAGACUUGGACCACAGUUAGCCACACGGUCCCCACGCGAAAGACACGAGAGUUGUACACUGCCAACCACUCCUGCUCUUCUUCCUGUGCCACUGUUGCUGUUACUUUCCCCCUGCAUCCGUCACGUCAGAAGAACUUUCAGUGAGAUGGAAACUACAACCAUCACCACCACGCAGACAGCGUUCACCUUUGGAGUAGGCGAAAGACGCGCAAGCAUCACCCUGCACGCCCCGGCUCAGGACGCAGUACCGGCUGUCCACCCAAACACCAGCGGCACCGACUUCCAAAGCAAAACCAAGGUGCUGAAGAGACAGCGCUCCAGCUCGCCGGAGCUCCUGCGGUGCAAGCGCCGUCUGAGCUUCAACGGUCUCGGCUACUCCAUCCCUCAGCAGCAGCCUGUGGCCGUUGCCAGGCGAAACGAAAGGGAGAGGAACCGGGUCAAACAAGUCAACAUGGGUUUCCAGACUCUGCGUCAGCAUGUGCCAAAUGGCGCCGCCAACAAAAAGAUGAGCAAAGUGGAGACCCUGAGGUCUGCGGUGGAAUACAUCAGGGCAUUGCAACAGCUUCUUGAUGAGCAUGACGCUGUGUCGGCUGCAUUUCAAUGCGGGCUUCCAUCCCCAACGCUCUCCAACAGCUACUCUGCCGACCCAGAGUCCCCUCAUUCCACUUACUCAUCAGAUGAAGGUGGCUAUGAGCCUCUGAGUUCAGAGGAACAGGAACUGUUGGAUUUCACGACCUGGUUCGACAGGUACUGAUGCUGCCAACAUCCAAACAACACACCAGCAUCUGCGCGUAAAAAGCGGCUGGCUUCUUUCAGACAUGCUGAAAAAGACUCGAUAAAGGGACAAAUCUGUCUUGCCUCCGUGCUUAGGUGGACUGUUGUCCCGCUCCCAGACCGGGGCUGCUUCUGAAGGAGCAAAGCAAUAGUGAGAAAACAAGUGGGCGUUUGAGUGUGUGAGAGUGAGAAAGAGAAAGAGAGGGAGCAUCUUGUUGCAUAGAUCGUAAAUAGACGCCCCAAAGUCUACCACAAGAAGGAGGGAGUUGGACUCAGUGAUACGCUGACGCGAGGAAGUGAAGAACUGUUGAUGUUUGAAUAAGUGCAAUUAAUUA